UCGGUUAUCAGUAAACAUAUUUUUACUCUAUAAUCAUAUCUAUGAUAAUAUAUUGGUUUAUCUAUACAAUAUACAUGUAUCAGCUAUUAUUCUGAAUAAUUUAUUAAUCAUCAAUACCUAAGUCAAAAAAAUCUUCAAGAGUUGACGGUCUACUCAGCCGUCAUAGAAAAAAUAUUUAAUUUCGUAGCCGUGGUCCUAUUGCCUGAAACCGAGGCGCUGGUGACGUAUUUAAUAAUAUUAUGUACACCGUUCUGUAAUCAUGAUGUUCGACUAUGAUUACGAUUUUGCUUUGGACGAGGACAAAAUGGGCAUGAAAGUCACUUCAGGUGUCGUGACGAUUGUAAAAGAUCCCAAUACCAAUUUGAUUGGUAUAACAAUAGGUGGUGGUCCACCACACUGCCCAUGUAUAUACAUCAUACAGGUUUCAGACAACUCGCCUGCUGCUCUUGAUGGUACGUUGGAUAGCGGUGAUGAACUGUUGGCCAUCAAUAACAAAUGUGUACGUGGUUGUACAAAACUACAAGUUGCACAAAUGAUUCAAUCAAGUGUAGAUAAUGUUAUCUUGAAGUACAAUAAAUUACACGCUGAUAUCCGCCAAGGCAAAACUUUAGAUAUUAUACUAAAAAAAGUUAAACACAGACUGGUUGAACGCAUGUCAUCCACUACAGCAGAUUCUUUGGGCAUGUCCCGUGCUAUACUUGUCAAUGAUCAUCUAGUCAGACGCCUACAGCAGUUAGAUGAUAUGGAACAGUCAUACCGCUCUCUAGUAGACCACACAGACCGUGUAUUGCGCUCAUUUUUUGCUCUUACUCAAUGUUUUAAAGAAUUUGGAGACGCCUUCGCUGAAAUUGGUGCUCGAGAACCUCAACCACGAGCCAGUCAAGUUUUGGUACGAUUUGCUGAGUAUCACAGGCGAAUGGAACGUCAAGGACUACAAUUAGUUAAAGCUUUAAAACCUAUUUCAAAAUCAUUUGGCACAUACUUACACAAAGCCAUUCCAGACACUAAACAAACAAUACGGAAAUAUGCUGAUGUUAAAUUUGAAUAUCUUGCAUACUGUUUAAAAGUUAAAGAAUUGGAUGAUGAAGAAAUGACUUAUUGUUCGGCUGAUGAACCAUUGUACCGUUUAGAAACAGGAAAUUAUGAGUACAGGCUAGUUUUAAGAUGCCGGCAGUUAGCUAGAAAGCGAUUUUCUGCACUGCGAGAGGACGUGUUGACCAAAAUUGAAUUGCUCGAAAACAAACAUGUACAUGAUGUAGUCGGUCAAUUGCAUGCUAUUGCGUCCCAAUUGGCAAGAUAUAACCAUGAAAUGGGCCAAAUGCUCGGAGGAGGUGGCAUUGAUGGUGGUCCGUGUGAUGAGGCACCGCUAUUUCCAAUAGAAAUGGAUUUAACUCGCACAGCAUUUCAGUAUGAAUCUGUCCAGCCUCCUGUAGAUUUGUCUGGUGAUUUUUAUCAAGACAAGAGUAGAGAUGAUCCACUACAACUUCUAAAUGACACUAACAAAGUAUAUAAAGAUUUUCCAUUAUCAUCACCACCAAAUGAAGAAAAUAAAAGGGAUACAGUGUCUGCUGCCAUGGACUUGGCACAGUUAUGCCUUGAUGCUGGUCUGGACCCAGAAAAAGAACAAACAUCACCCCUUUUGUUAGAUUUUUAGGACUUGUAUUGUUACCGUUUCAAAAUUUGAUCUGACUUACUGUAUACUUUCAAUGAUUACAUUCUAAUUUAUAUACCAAACGUACAUUUAUAUAUUUUACAAUUCUAGUCAAUCAAUGUAUAACCAAUUUGUUACACUUAACUAUUUAUUUUAUUUUAAUAUGUGUCAUAUAUAAUUAAAAAUUCCUCA